AUGGCAGGUUCUGCGGUAAUGGAUGAUUCAGCUGCUAGCACAACUGGAAUGAGGGAUGAUGAACGCAGUCUCUCUGGCGAGUCCUUCUCUGAGUGGAGGUCAUGCGAGCGGGCCGACAGUGACACCCCUUCAACAUCCCCACCCUUCUGGGACAGCGACGGUGAUGAUGAUGAUCCUGGUCCCAAGCCUUCAGAAUUGUUUGGACGUUACACUUGGAGGAUUGAAAACUUCUCAAAGGAGAAGAAAAGAGAAAUGAAAAGUGAGCCAUUUGAAGCUGGUGGUUUCAAAUGGUAUAUUCUUGUAUACCCUCAAGGAUGUGAUGUCUCUAAUCAUCUUUCAUUAUUCCUUUGCGUUGCUAAUCAUGACAAACUUCUCCCAGGAUGGAGUCAUUUUGCACAGUUCACUAUAGCUGUAGCCAAUAUAGAUCCUAAAAAGAUGAAGUACUCAGAUACUUUGCAUAGGUUCUGGAAGAAGGAACAUGAUUGGGGAUGGAAAAAGUUUAUGGAGCUGUCAAAGAUUCAGGAUGGUUUUCUUGUUGAUGAUGUUCUUGAAAUCAUAGCUCAAGUUCAGGUUAUCAGGGAGAAAGUGGAUAGACCUUUUCGUUGCCUUGAUCGUCCUUAUCGGAGAGAAUUAAUCCGCAUCUAUAUGACAAAUGUGGAACAAAUCUACCGACGUUUUGUUGAGGAGCGAAGAAGUAAAUUAAGCAAGCUCAUUGAGGACAAAAUGAAAUGGUCCAGUUUUCGUGCUUUCUGGUCAGCAAUUGACCCAAACACCAGGCAUCGCAUGUCCAGGGAAAAGAUUGACACUAUAUUGAAAAUGUUAGUGAAGCAAUUCUUUGUAGAGAAAGAAGUUACUUCCACAUUAGUGAUGGACUCUUUGUAUACGAGUCUGAAGGCACUUGAAUACCGGAUGAAGGGCAAGAAAGGCAAAACAAAAUUAGCAGAUUUGGAAGAACUACCUGCGCCUAUGGUCCAUGUUGACAUGGACAUGUUUGUUUUGGCUGAUGAUGUUAUAGCUUUGCUUGAGAGAGCAGCCUUAGAACCCUUGCCUUGUCAACCUUUAGCCCCCAAGGAUGACAAAACUUCCCAAAGCCGCAUGAAGGAUGGAAGUUCUGGCGAGGUCUACAAAGUUUCUAUGGAGCGUGAGGAAAGGCGCCUAACUGAGCUUGGUCAGAAGAUACUAGAGACAUUUGUGCUAUCUCAUAUAUUUAGUGGAAUUGAAGUUGCAUACCAAGAAGCUGUUGCUUUGAAAAGGCAAGAAGAACUUAUUCGUGAGGAGGAGGAGGCUGGGCUUCUUGAACAUCAGAUGAAGGGGAAGCGUGGUGGCGGUGCAAAUGAAAAGGACAAGCGUGCCAAGAAAAAGCAGACCAAGCAAAAGAAGAACAACCGUAAGGCUAAAGACAAGGAAAGAGAUGAGAAAUGUGAGGUUAAAAUUCUGGAAAGGCUUCGUGAUGAAACUGCCAUUGAUAAUUGUGAUGGCUUACCAGCUAAGGUGGAAGUGAUAGCAAAGGUUGAUGCCUUGGAAGAAGGUUCGUCAGAUGGGUCAGACAUGCCAAAUAGAGGGAAAAAUCAGCGUAACAAGGGCUUAAGCAUUAUUGACUUUGCUGAAGAAGGUGAUGGUCUUCCCUCCACCUCUAGUGUUACUGGUGGUUCAGGCCGCAAUAGUUCUGGCUGCUGCACAGCUCCAAAACUGGAGCAGGAUACUGUUCUACUUACCUUGAGAGAUAAACUUCGUAAGCUAGGGCAGCGUCUGCACGAGAAAAACAUUGAGGGGCAGAAACUUCUCAAAGCUCAUUUUGAAGCUAGGGACGCAAAAGCGAAGGCAGAAGAAUCUUCCGACUCAUCUAAUUCUUUGGAUAAGCCACCUGAUGUUCCAGAAAGCCCUAUGCAUUCCUCAGAAGAUACAGUUGAUCUUAAAGUUAACGGAACACCAAAUAAGGAUGCCUCUGUGGUCAACCCUGUCCUGGAGGAAUCUGUUUCAGGCAUACCAGCCACUGCAAACAAUGAAUCUGUGCCUUCUCCCGCCACAACAAAAGUGGGCCCAGUUUCAAACAAAGAUAAUGCAUCAAGUUUGAAAAUGAAAGUCACCAUGGCAUCUCCUUGCUCGAAAUUACAUGCAGCUGAUAUGGAUAAAGAUGCCCCUCUUCCUUCUAAAUCACCACGAAUCAAUAGAGCUGCUCCAGUUCCUCCUAAACUGCUUUCGGCUGAUAAAGCAACGCCAGUUCCCUCGAAGCUACCUUUGGCUGAUAAAGCUACUCCAGUUCCUCCAAAAUCUCCGUCAGUAAACAAAGCAACUCUGGUCCGUCCCAAAUCUCCUGCAGUUGACAAAGCAACUCCAGUUCGUCCCAAAUCUCCAGCAGUUGACAAAGCAACUCCAAUUCGUCCCAAAUCUCCAGCAGUUGACAAAGCAACUCCAGUUCGUUCUCAAUCUCCAGCAGUUGACAAAGCAACUCUAGUUUGCCCUCAAUCUCCAGCAGUUGACAAAGCAACUCCAGUUCGCCCUCAAUCUCCAGUCAUUGACAAAGCAACUCCAGUUCUCCCAAAAUCUCCAGCCAUUGAUAAAGCAACUCCAAUUCCUCCCAAAUCUCCACCAGUUGACAAAGCCCCUCCAGCUCUGCCAAAAUCACUAUCAGGUGCUAAAGAUGCGCCUGUUCCUUCAAGGUCUCUGCAAAUUGAUAGGUUUAUUCCAGCCCCCCCAAGAUUAUCACAAGUUGAUAAAGCUGCUCUGCCUUCUUCAGAACAGACACAUAUAUCUCCGGCUACUAAUUCUGAAGCUCAAGGGGCAACUACUUCUAGGAAGGUCACAGUCAGCUCAGUUUUGGAGGUUGCUGCAGCAUCGAGGCCUUCAAGUGCUCCUGUGUUACCAACACCAAGAUCAACUGCACCAGCUGCUUCACAUAUUCAAACGUCCACAUUGCUUUCCCGCUCGAUGAGUGAAGCAGCUGGGAGAAGGUCAGUAAAUGAUCCUUCCUUUUCUGCCCCAUCUUAUACUCCACAGACCUACCGAAAUGCAAUAGUUGGUAAGACUGGUCUGGCUACAACCUCUGCAAGCCUUGCUUAUCAGUCUUCUUCUCUGGGUCAAGAUACUGCUCCUUCACAGCCUCUAUCAGCAUAUGCAUCAAGUACAGCAGUCAUGAUGCCUCGUGCUGGAAGAUCUGAUCAGUCGUCAGCUAGGCAUGGAUUCAGGUCUGGGUCUGGUAAGUUAGAAGCACAUGACAGCUGGCAGCAGUGGAAAGGUGACAGUAAUGUUGAUAUGCAUCUCUGGAGGGAUCACGCUCCUUAUCAACAAAUGACCAACAGUCAAGCAUAUGACCAAUCUCGGAGGGACGAUACUUAUCAGCAAGCAUGCAGCAGAGGAACAGAAAAGUUCAGCAUGCAUGCAGGACUGCAAGCUAGGCAGUUCCAAACCGAGACACCCGCCAGUCAUGUCUGGCACCAACCACAGGGGCCAGUGGCAGAAGAAUUUCCACACCUUGACAUCAUAAACGAUUUGCUUGAGGAGGACCAGAUCAACGGCAGUAUACCAGAGUCAUUUCGUCAAGAUUACAAUGCGUUUGGCCUGCCGUUUUCGCCAAGAGGAAACUUGUCAGAUAUGGAAGUGGCUUCUGUUAGAAGCCCCGCUCGGUUCAAUUCAACCAAGUACAACGGUGGAUUCUCGGGGGCUUAUGACAUAAAUGCUGUCAGUGGGUUGAGGGAGCGGCAGUUUCCCUCGUUGGAUAGUUACUCUAAUGGCCUGUCUGACGUGAGUGCUUCAAAGCCUUGGCUCAAUGGCUCUGCUAGUCCAUCGGUGAGCCUUGGGGUUAACGCAAAUGGAUACCACCCCCAGGUGGGGGACUACCCCAAUCUGGGAAGUGGGGUGAAUGGAGUCUCCUUGUGGCGCCGCCAUGCCAACGGGCGCUGGUAA